AUGGUCUGUUUGAAGGCAUGGGUUCGCCGUGGACUAGCGACGCCCCCCAAAGCCAUAUCAUUGCCACCCGGAUACGAUCUUGACUGGUUUGCAGAGACAUUAGGAAAUGUUGAUCAAGCGCCUUGGAACGACGAUGCAAAACCUGGCACCGGACUUAGAAUCGCGAAUACUGGGGCAGCGCAUUUGGGGCGCCAGCAACGGAGGAAGAGGCAAGUCGACGCACAGAGAGAGGAGCAGAGUCAAAAUAGUUCUGAUCCCGCCAUCUCAAUGGUUUCGGAUGGUUAUACACCAGUCAACAAUGCUGUUUCAGACGCCCAGAAUGUGCUGAACAUCCGGAAGGAUCUUAGUCAUUUGGCCAAAUGGAGUGGACCGGCUUCUGCAGAGGCUGUAUCUCUUGCCAGGGCAAUCGAGAUUACGAUGAACACCUUGAUCGGCUCUAUGAACUUUGCUUCUAUCGGAUCGGAUUCAUGUAGUCUUCUACCAGUUCAGCUUCUUUCGACCAUGCUCCUAUUGGUCCAGCUUCUACGGUUUAUACUUCCAGUCAUUCUCAUUCCGCCAUUCAAUAUUCAUCUACCGGCCAUGAUGCUCCCGUCACCUUCUACUAGUCCCUUGACGCCUGUUAUGGCCGAUGGAAAAUGGAAAGCGUUUGCGAACGAAUAUGAGGCAGUGCUUUCAUUGUGGUUAUCCUCUGUCAAGGAUGAUAAGCAAAGAACAGCCAAGAUGCCCAAAUUUGGACCACGAUCGGAGGACAAAGCAAACAGGGAAGAUGACGCGCGAUUGCGAAUGGAGGAUUCUAAAAGAGAACUAGGUCUGCGGCUCUUGGGGUCACAUACCACAGCCCUUCUUCAAGACCUCCGGUGGUGGGUGCCGAAGUACUUACUUCGCAUCUUUGAAAUUCAAGAACACGAACAACCUCAAGAGUCUCAAGAACAGCGAUAUAAUCAAAAGAAUGAUCAAGGGCAUAUUGUCGAAAUGGAAGCCCACGCGGUUAUUGGGUAUGGUCAGCAGAAAAACUCAAUCCGUUUCAGUCGAAAAGAUUUGCCCAAUAAAGCCACGGACGAUGAUGGUGACGAAUUUACUGAGGACGACUCUGUCAAGGAUGCUUGGACAAAGCCCGUUCUUGCGAUAGAGUCGUACUCUUCCAUGGCAAUGCUUUUUGCUCAGCACAUCUUUUCAGCAUUCAUGUAUGCUGUAGCAGGCACGAACGAAAAGGAGGAAUUCUUCCAGGAUGUUGCUGACGUACAACCCAACACUAGUGGCGAGAGCACUUGGAAGUCCUUCACCCUCCGGAACGCAACUCUGUCUGCAAUGAUUCUGGAAAUUGAGCCCUCUGGCCUUGGAAGCCUUGCAGAUAUCUAUCUCAGCGUCAUACCGCCGCUGAGCGAAAAUCACAGACUUCCCCAGGCCGAUGACGCCAUAAUUGAAAUGGCAAGAGAGAAAGCCAAGCAGCAUGAACAGUUGCAUCAAUGGGAGGAGGCUGCUAGGACAUAUAUUUGGCUUUUUCAAAAGGAAAAAACUUUCAAGGGACGAGACAUGUUGACCAAGGCCGCUGCCGUUUUGGUGGAGUAUCUGAGACAAGUUUCCUCCGCUAUUGAUCUGAGGGCAGGGGACUUGGGUAAUAGUCUCGAGCCUCUGAAUGAUGCCAAGAACAUCAUUGACAAAGAGCUGAACAUAUCUACUGACCGUCAGGCUCUAUUGAGUCUCAUGGUGGUAUAUGCAAAGCAGGGCCGGGAGUGGAAAUGCGCCGCAAUAAACGAACAGGAUGGCCUCACCAGCGCUAAGAAGAACAGCAAGCUGCCGACAGAGUUCAACUUCACGACGCUGCAUGAAAGAGCUCAGAAAAAUCGCCGCGUGUACCCUUAUGGCACUCGGCGUCCAAAUCCUAAUGUGAAGGACAUUCAUCACUGGACGCCUCUUCAUUAUGCUUCCAGGAUACGCUCCUCGCAUUCUGUUGGCGACUUGCUUCAUGGGGGAGCUGACGUCAAUUCCAUUGACCUCACCUGCAACGGGUGUACACCUUCGCAUUACGCCUGUCAAUUCAGCAUGGAAUUGGACAGGGACCCUGAUGACAGGAAACGAAUAAUUGAUAACCUUCUACGUGAAAGCGCCGACGUCAACUGUCAGGGCAGAGACGGAAAGACGCCACUGCACUAUGCAUCAAUGGAGGGAAAUGACAGCAUAGCGAGUGUGUUAAUUGAGGCCGGAGCGAACCUAGACGUUACAGAUACCUUAGGAAAUACACCAUUACUCUGGGCAGUACGAAAUGGGGGAUUGGCUAUCACCCAGAACCUGUGGGUGAUUUCGAAUAAAAGGUUAAGAGAUAAUUACGGCAGAACAGCCUUGCACCUGGCAGCACUAUCUGGAGCGGUUAAUGUACCCGAAUGGCUCAUCACCAAAGACGAGGCUGACAAAGAAGCUUGGGAUCGCGCGAAGUACAGACCUCUACACUGGGCGGCGCAAAACGGUCACGAGGAGAUUGCAGAUCUGCUCAUCAAUAAGGGUGUGGUAAAGGACGCCAAAUCCUCAACUGGCUAUACCCCGCUACACUGUGCGACUGUUAAUGGGUAUACCCGUAUCAUAGCGCUGCUCCUCAAGCACGGCGUGAGAAUCAACGACAAGUGCGAUCAAGGUAGCACAGUUCUACAUGACGCAGCUUUUGGCGGACACGGGGAAGCUGUUGCACUUAUCCUUCAGCAGGGCGCAGACAAAGAUGCACAAUAUGAAACAGAGGCCCUCUGGUCUUUCUAUCAAAACUGGAAUUCCCAGACUAUCAGGAUCACGCCACUUCACGAGGCAGCUUCACAGGGGCAUGAGAAAGUCGUGGCAUUGCUUCUUCAGCAUGGUGCAGACCCAGACGCUGGCGGUGAGCAUGGGAAAACACCGCUGCAUACAGCUAGUGAAAAAGGAUUUGAGAAAGUCGUAGCACUGCUCAUUCAGUUUGGUGCAGACCUGGAAUCGAGGACAUGGCAUGAUCCAACACCUCUGCACAAAGCUAUUAAAAAAGGACGCGAGAAUAUCGUGAAACUACUUAUUGGACAUCAGGCUGACAUCAACGCCACGGGCCUGGAUUCCGAUGGAUGGUUUGGAUACCCCGGGCACUCACGUCUGCUUAUGCCCCUCCAAUGGGCUGAAGCAUAUGGCCAUGCGAAUAUCACGAGGAUUCUCAUGGAUGCAGGGGCUAAGACUGACGUUUCAGACCAAUAUGGACCAGUUGACUUCGAGUCGUUGUUUCGUCAAUUUAGGAACAGAUCUGAUGUGAACGAGUAG